UCUGGUUUUAGACGCGAAUGAGCACAGACUACCAAGGCGAGAGGAGCACACGGCGUUCUGGUGCAGGGAGUGAGGCAUAGCUUUGAUGAAGAAUCAACUCUGAGCUCUGCAGGAAUACUACUGUGGUUUUUUUUUUCUUUCAACCCAUCUUUGCAACAUAGCCAUUCGCAUUCGUCGUAUGCCGUUCUACACAACAGGUUACGCCCAACUUAUUUUCUUGCGAGAGGCUUUGCGUUUCUUUUCUAAAUUGUUUUUAAAGCGGAAUGAAUGACAAAGACAAAGGUUGAUACCAGUUCGCCCUCUCAUUUGGUCUCGCCUAAGGAAAAGAGGCUUAGACACAAAAUGGAAAGCGGGAACGGCGACAGUGGGCAGUCGCAGACCCUCAAGCCGCACCAGUUCGAGCAGCAGCCGGUGGUGCAGCCGCUACAAGUGAAUGAGAAAAAGAAAGUCAAUCGUGCUCCUUCUCCGGCUAGACCGAAAGAUGUUCCUGGCUGGUCCCUCACUAAAAUCAGAGGAGGUAUCGGUACGCCAACGCUUAGUGUGAAACCAGGUUCCAUACAUAUAGGGAGCCGGGUAUCUAGACGCAGCCCGGCGAGUGGUAAAGACAUGAAGUCGGAGAAAGGGAAAGUACCGGGGAAAUCCAUGCUCUCAGUUGCUAGCGCUCCGAAGAGCAGCAAAUCUGCUAAGGUCGGUCGAAGGAAAAUUUCGGAUGCCAGUAACGCUUCAGACGACUUGAGCAAAGAUUCGGGUUGCGCCCCUGGAAAGCUUUCCCCCACAGACAGUAGCUCCGAGCUCUCUGACUGCGCUUCGGAGGAAAAUAAACUUUCCACCGAUGCAUUGAGCAGUGACACUGAAUCCAGUAGUCGAUGUGGGGCGACAGACAACGACAAAUCUGGAAAGGACCAUAUUUUGGGGCGGCCCGGGAAACUUGGCCGGGGGGAUGGUGCCAAGACACCGGUGGAAAAGGACCGUCUCUCCAUUAGCGUGGAGACCGGGGAAGGUAGCAUCUCUCCCGGUGACGAGAGGUCUGUCACCUCCUUCGACAGCCGUAUGCUAGCUAGUACAUCACUAGCAUUUUCUGACUUGACAGAAGAGUUCAUGGACGGCACUCAUGAGGAAUUUAUCAGAGAAAUCGAAGAACUGCGUUCCGAAAACGACUACUUAAAAGAUGAGAUUGAGGAGCUGCGUUCGGAGAUGCUGGAGAUGCGGGACAUGUACAUGGAGGAGGACGUGUACCAGCUGCAGGACCUGCGGCAGCAGCUGGACCAGGCCAACAAGACCUGCCGCAUCCUGCAGUACCGACUGCGCAAGGCCGAGCGCCGCAGCCUGCGCGUGGCCCAGACUGGUCAGGUGGACGGAGAGCUCAUCCGCACCCUGGAGCAGGACGUCAAGGUGGCCAAAGAUGUGUCCAUCCGCCUGCACAACGAGCUGGAGUCGGUGGAGAAGAAAAGGACCCGGCUAGAGCAGGAAAACGAGGAGCUGAGGGUCCAGCUACAGGACCUGGAGGUGGCCAAGCAGGUCCUCCAGACGGAGAUGGACAAGUCUAGAGAGCAGAACUCCCAGAAGAAGCGAGCUAGUGAUCGACGCUCGAACAGCAAGCCGGAGAAAAAGCCCAUCCCUCAGGCUGAGGACAGCUCGGACCUUAAGUGCCAGCUGCACUUUGCCAAGGAGGAGUCGGCGCUCAUGUGCAAGAAGCUGACCAAGCUGGUCAAGGAGAGCGAGAGCAUGCGCGAGGCUCUGGGCAAGUACCGUUAAGCUCACGGCGAGGUGGGCCUUGGCUCCACUGUGGAGGAGGGUGGCCGAAGUCGCCGCCUGCACGCCAAGGAGGCCGAGGUGCGCGUCCACCUCAAGCUGGUUGAGGAGGAGGCCAACCUGCUGAGCCGCCGCAUCGUGGAGCUGGAGGUGGAGAACCGUGGCCUGCGUGCCGAGAUGGACGACAUGAAGACCCAGGAGCUGGGUCCCGGGGGCGGCCUGGGGCCUGCAGGCGGCGGUGGUCUACUGGUGCUCCAGGGCACGGAGAAUGUGAUGGAGCUGCAGCGCCACCUACAGUUUGUGGAGGAAGAAGCGGAGCUGUUGCGGCGCUCUCUGAUCGAGCUGGAGGAGCAGAACAAGUUGCUGAUGAACGAGCUCAACCGCUACAAGUCCGAGCUGCCUCCGCCGGCCAACGGAGAGCCCGACUCACCGGCCGCCACAUCUCCGGGCCCGGCAGGCGCUCCACUCCUGGAGGAAGGGGGGGCCACUGAGGCGGUCAGCGAGGAGCUGGUGGUGGCACGGCUCCAGAUCGGCGAGCUGAGCGGCAAGAUGAAGAAACUGCAGUACGAGAACCGCGUGUUGCUGUCCAACCUGCAGCGUUGCGACCUGGCGUCCAGCCAGAGGCCAGCGCUGGAGACGGACGCAGAAGCGGGCGACUCGGCUGAGUGCGUGCCCAGUGAGGGCCUCCGCGAGGGGCCCGUGGGUGGCGAGGGCGAUGACGAGGAGCGCAGGGGGCCUUCCGAGGGCAUCCGGGACGCAGCGCCAGACAAGCCCAUGCCCGGUCUAGGUCUCGGGCUCCUGAUCUCAGACUGCGGCCACGUGCGCGCCCCCUGCUUGCUGAAGGACCGCCAGGCCCUGUUGGCCGUCCGCGAGCAGGCGCAGCUGGUCAGCACAGCGAUCCAGCUGCUCACUUCGCCUGACUCCAACUGCCUCCUAUCCAUGGACUCAUCGGACAGCCUCUACCGGAAGCUGUCCGGCGACGGCGACGAUGCGGCAGAGAAUGUGAUCCUGGAGAAGAGUCCUCCUCCGCCAACUGACCUGGCCCUCGUGGAGGCCCUGCGGGGCCGGCUGCGGGGGCUCCAGUCCCAGCUGCAGGCCUUUGUGGAGCGCGUGGAGGCCCUGGGAGACUCCCCGGGGAGGGAGCAGGUGGACGGGGCGUCCCCGCUGCCACUGCUGUCCGAGUCUGGGGACCCCGCGGUGGGCAUGCCUCCUGCCUCAGCCCCCUGCCCCUCUGAGAGCCCUGCCAGGGUCACCACAACUGAACAGAAGUCCGACUUUAGGGACCAAUCAGAGCGGGAGGUCAAAGGUCAGGAAGCCUGUCUCAGCAAAUCAGAGGAGGAGGGCGGUGGCCACCUAGACAGCAACAGGAACCAGGACGUCCGUGACCAAGACCUGGACACAAAGGAGACCAACAGGGCUCUGCAUGAUGAGGUGGGUGCUCUGCAGGCUCAGCUGAGUGAGGCCCGGCUGAAGGCUGAGGGGGCCGAGCAGGAGCUCAGCCUGGAGAGACAGGCCCGCCAAGAGGACACACACAGCACCUCCCUCAGGCUCAGCCAGUUGCAGGAGGAGCAUCAGAAGGCUCUGGUGCGGAGGGACUUCCAGCUGCAGAGCCUGAGCCUGCAGACACGUCUGCAGCAGAAGUUCUGGAGCCAGGAGCGGAACCGGCUGGUGCAGGAGGCCCAGCAGCUCAAGCAGAGCCUGCUGCUGCUUAGCCUCAAGCUGCGCUGGUUCCUCAAGCAGUGGCGCCUGGGCAAGAAGCUGGAGGGAGACGCCAAGGACAUCCUGGAGGUGGGUAAUGUGAAGGACCUGUGCUUGCUGCUGGAGGAGGAGGCCCUUAGCCCUCACCAGGGCGACAACAAGAUGGCUGCCGCUGAGGAACAGCCCCUGAGCCCCACGACUAAAGAGCACUGCCUGCUGGACAAGAGCUUCAAACAGCAGAACGGCGGUGUGAACGGCACGCUGGCGGACCUGCAGGGUGCACUUCAGGACCUGAGCGUGGAGCUGCGCGAGGAGAGGCAGGGCUCGCAGGAGCUCACGCAGCAGUUCGCCAAGGCCAAGGCCUCCUGGGAGGUGGAGAGGACCGAGCUCAAGAGCCUCAUUACUCAGCUGGAGGCCAAAGCCGGGAAGGCUGGCUCACUGGCGGCGACGGGCGACAAGGACCAUCCAGACCUGAAGGGGGCGCUGAAGCGAGAGCGCGAGGAGCACCAGCAUCUGCUGGCCGAGUCCUACGCGGCUGUCAUGGACCUGACCAGGCAGCUGCAGGUGAGCGAACGCGGCUGGGGCCGCGAGAAGCUGGAUCUGCUCGAGCGCCUGGGCCAGGAGCGCAGCCAAUGGGAGCAGCGGCUGCGUGAUGCCCACAACAAGAGCACACAGGCUCUGAGUGACCGGACAACUGAGAUGGGGAUUCCGGCUGAUGCGGAGACCAAUGGGACGCCCGUACAGAGGACCACGUCCAUCUCGUCCAUUCUGGAGCUGGACGGCUGUCCCUUUGCCUCGGGUCAGCAGGUAAACGGCAUGCACGAGUCCUGCAAGCUGCCACCUGCCGACUCCUCGCCCCUCCUGGCCCGCACUGACCUGAGCGGCCUGAACCAUAAGAACUGGAAGUACCUGACCAGCGAGUGCGCGCUGCCCGAGCAGGCUGACCCCUUCAAAACGUGGGACUGCCCCGCUACCGGCAGCGCCAGCAGCUUCCCGGGCCUCGACGGCCCCCAGCGCAGCUACACGGCACCGGACAAGACGGGCAUCCGCAUCUACUACAGCCCGCCAGCUGUGCGGCGCAUGGAGGCCAGGUCGGCCAAAGGGAAGGGUCAGCAGCAGCAGGUCCAGCGUGGACACUCAUCGCGGAGCGGAGGAGAGAGCCAGCCGUCAGUGUCCGCACCUACGUCCAGCACCUCGUUGUCGUCCCCGGCACCGUAUGACCAGUGGCUGAGCACGCUGUCGCAGCAGCACAGAGACCUGCUGGAGGGCAGGACAGGGGUCGGGGGAGGAGGACCAUCCUUCCACGGCCUGGAGAUCGCGGGAAACCUGAGCGACGACAUGAAAGAGAUGACCAACUGCGUGCGGCAGGCCAUCCGGUCCAGCUCGCUAGAGAGGAAAUGCAGCAAGGAGGCUGGGAGCCAGACGGUCGGGGUCAGCAGCACGGGGACGCAGACGGCACAGCUGGUCAGCGUCGGCAUGCAGACGGACGGCCCUGGCCUCGGAAGCCGGACGGGGCUCCACAGCAAGAGUUGGUCGCCGCGGCCGUCCUCCUCACUGGCCUCGGCGCGCACGCGCCAAAUCUCGUCCUCGCUGGAGAAAGUGGCCGGACGCAUUGAUCGGCCUUGCUGCUCGCCAAAGUACGGCUCGCCCAAGCUGCAGCGCCGCGUCUCCGCCUCGUCCUCACGCCUGGACGCCGCGUCCACCUCCUCGGCCGGCUCGUCGGUGGUGUCACGCGAACGCAGCCUGUGGAGCCUCCACCAGCGUAGCGCCUCGUGCGGCUCGGCGUGGGCGCGCUCCACCACCACGCGCGACUCGCCCGUCCUCAGCGGCCUCAACGACGGCCUGUCCAGCCUAUUUAGCGUGGUGGAGCACGGCGGCAGCUCCGAGGCGCUCUGGAAGGCCGACCUGGGGUCCAGCAACAGCCCCGGGCGCCAGCCCCCCGCCGGGAAGCCCUCGUGCCCCAACCCCGGGGUCGGUCUGAGCCAGACUCUGGGAGACGCAGCGCCGGGCGUAGGUGUGGCCGUCGGCUCGCAGCGCUACGGCACCGUGCAGGAGUUCAUCCGGAACGUGUGCGGCCGCUCGCAGAGCGCCUCGUCCACUGACGAGCCCAAGCCCGAGUGCCUCUCGGGGCUGUUGGCGGGCAGCGACAACGUCACCAAGAUCGUCAACAAGCGCUUCAUGAAGCCGGCGCGAGACGACCUGGGGCCCGCCACCCUCAGCAAAGAGGUCAGCCUGAGGGACAGCCUGCCCGGCUCCGCCUCAGUGACCCUGGAGGACUCUGUUUGUGACUGUUCCUCUCAGUCUCUCACCUCCUGCUUCGCCCGGCCGUCCCGCUACGCCACGCGCCACUCCCAGGGCCAGUGCAAGCAUCGGCUGCCCGAGGGUACCGUGGCGACGGACGAGAAGCUGGAGGUCAGCGUGGCGGAGUAGUGGAGACGCCACUGCCACAGCACACGCUAGCAGACCACCAGACACACAUGCCCACACACUCCUAAACACGGAUAUACUCAGACUCACACAUGCGUGCACACACACACACACACCCACACACACACACACACACACACACACAUGCAUUACACAUUCACACAAACUGCCACAAAACACACUGCCACACACAAAAUACACUGCCA